AUGAAGGAGCUGAUCGGGAGGAGGGUUGACGUCAGGGCCAGAAACCAUGUGGGCCGGGUGGCCCUGCACUGGGCCGCAGCCGCGGGGCACGAGCAGGCUGUGCGGCUGCUCCUGGAGCACGGGGCCGCUGUGGACGAUGAGGAUGCGGUACGGGGCCCUCCGGAGACAUGUCUGUGUUUUGGGAUGAACGCGCUUCUCCUGUCUGCCUGGUUCGGCCACUUACGGAUCCUCCAGAUCCUGGUCAACUCUGGGGCCAAGAUCCACUGUGAGAACAAGGACGGCCUGACAUUACUGCACUGCGCAGCCCAAAAAGGCCACGUGCCAGUGCUGGCGUUCAUAAUGGAGGACCUGGAGGAUGUGGCCCUGGACCACGUGGACCAGCUGGGAAGGACGGCAUUUCUCAGGGCAGCUGAGCACGGACAGCUGGAUGCUUUGGACUUCCUCGUAGGCUCUGGCUGUGACCACAGUGUCAAAGACAAGGAGGGGAACACGGCCCUUCAUUUGGCUGCUGGCCGGGGUCAUGUGGCGGUGCUGCAGCGACUUGUGGACAUCAGGCUGGACCUGGAGGAGCAGAAUGCUGAAGGUCUGACUGCCCUGCAUGCGGCUGCUGAAGGGACCCACCCCGACUGUGUGCAGCUGCUCCUCAGGGCUGGGAGCAGCGUGAAUGCCCUCACCCAGAAAAAGAUGAGCUGCCUCCACUACGCGGCCCUCGGCGGCUCUGAGGACGUGUCCCGGGCCCUCAUCCACGCAGGAGGCUGCACCAAUGUGGCCGAUCAUCAAGGAAAAACUGCCCUGGCAGUGGCUGCCCGCAGCAACCAUGUCAGCCUGGUGGACAUGAUCAUAAAAGCGGAUCGUUUCUACAGAUGGGAGAAGGACCACCUUUCACACAGGGACCCCAGUGACCCCUCUGGGAAGAGCUUGACCUUUAUGCAGGACCACCGGCGGGAGACACAGCAGCUCCGCUCUGUACUAUGGCGACUGGCCUCCAGGUAUCUGCGGCCCCACGAGUGGAAGAAGCUGGCAUAUUCCUGGGAGUUCACCGAGGCCCAUGUCUGUGCCAUCGAGCAACAGUGGACAGGCACCAGAAGCUACCAGGAGCACGGCCACCGGAUGUUGCUUAUCUGGCUGCAUGGUGUGGCCACAGCUGGUGAGAACCCCAACAAAGCACUGUUUGAGGGCCUCGUGGCCAUUGGCAGGAGGGACCUGGCUGAAAACAUCAGGAAGAAAGCAAAUGCAGACUCGAGUGCCCCCAGGAGGUGCACAGCCAUGUAACUGGCGGGCCGGACCCCAGGUAGUGGGACCUCAGAGUGUGGGCCACCCGAACAGAAGAUGAUCACCUUUUAAGGGCUUUUAACAAAUCACUGUUCACAGACUUCCAGCUGCUUCUACUGAAACAGUCAUGCAGAGACUAGCAGGCAAAUGUUUGUAAUCUUUUUCGUGAGGAUUGGUCCAGAGUCCUGUUAAAGGUUUUGCAGAUAAUCCUGGCCCACAGGAUGGUCCUUUGCAGCUCUCAGCUCACUUUCACCUCUACCAUCUUGGAGCCUCCCAGCCAUCCCCUGAGGUGCAAGGGGUGUCUUUACGGAUUGGACCUUGAAGCCCAGGGAGGAGAAGCAGCUUGCCCAGGUCAUAAUGCUAACCAGGUGGUGGGGUCAGGUGCCAAACCCAGCAUUCCUCCCACCCCAACCUGGCCACGGGGCUCUGUCAAUCACUUACAGAAUGGACUGCCCUCUACUCAUUCACUGGUUUUUAAGAAUGUCAUGCUUAUUCCAUUAUUGCUGUUUC